UUAAUAGCGUGAGACGCGGUUGCUAAACGCGCACGAGUUUUCAUUUUCCCCACAAACACGUCAAGUGCUAUUAUCAAGUGCAUUACUCAAAGAUAUACGACCACAGAGCCCGAAAAGAAACAAAGAAAUUCAUUUAGACUUUUGGUUCUUGUCUUCAAUUCAUUAAAAAAUGUUUAAAUUUUUUUUUAAAAAGCGUGAACCGAACGCUGAUAAAACGCAAGCUAAUGACAAUAAUGUUAGUCUUCUGGCCAAUAAUGUGGAGCGAGGCGUCCUUGAAAGUGGUGCAACAUCUCCCGAUUUAAAUCAAAAUACUGCUGAUAUUCUGGUCGAUAAUGGGAAGCAAAAAAAUCGUAAAAAAUCUAACGAUUUUAAUGCAUACCAGAGAAAGAAGACACUGGCACAGGGUAUGAUGGACUUGGCGCUGCUCUCGGCGAAUGCGAAUCAACUGCGUCAUGUGCUGGAGGCCGAAACCAAGUCUGCAUAUUUUUUUAUCAGUUUAUCUUUAAUUUCGUUGAGCAUCAUAUUCCAGAUUGCCGUCGGCGUCGGACUUAUAUGGAAUUGCAGAUACGAUAUCAAGGAAGGGGAGGAUAUCAGUGAUGCGAACAAAAUUAAUAAUUGCACAGUCAUUGGCAUUUUCAUUGUAACCGUUGUUAAUGUGAUAAUCCCAUCUUUUUUUGUUUCGGAUACCCCAGGACCCCAGAAUGGAACAACAACAACAACGCUGCCAUCUUAAUCAACAUAAAUCUGCGUCCGAGACAAUAAAGUCAUGACUUUACUCAAAAUAUACUCAUCCUCUUAUGCAAUAAUUCUAUUUUGAUAUUGAAAUUAAAAUCCGAAACACUUUGUAGCGAA